GGUUUUGCUGCGGCUCCUCAUCUCGCCUGCUCCUUCACGCACACAGCACACACAACGCACAGUGAGAGCUCCUGCAAUGGCGCCGAAGCAGAGGACCCGUAACCCGGAACUCAUCCCCGGUGUUCGGAAAGUCUCCCGCUCUAAGAUGUACCACAAGCGUGGCCUCUGGGCAAUUAAGGCCAAAAACGGUGGCAAAUUCCCCCACCACGAGAAGGCCCCCGCCGCUGCUCCGGUGGCGGAGAAGCCUCCCAAGUUUUACCCAGCUGAUGACGUCAAGAAGCCGCUCUCGAACAAGCGCAAGCCUAAGCCCACAAAGCUCAGGGCGAGCAUCACUCCAGGAACAGUGUUGAUAAUCCUGUCGGGCAGGUUUAAGGGGAAGAGAGUUGUCUUCUUGAAGCAGCUUUCUUCUGGAUUGCUUCUUGUUACUGGUCCUUACAAGAUAAAUGGUGUCCCUCUAAGACGGGUGAACCAGGCCUAUGUUAUUGCUACUUCAACAAAGGUUGACAUUUCAGGUGUCAAUGUGGAGAAGUUUGAUGACAAGUACUUUGCCAAGCAAGUUGAGAAGAAGAAAAAGAAGGGGGAAAAUGAAUUCUUUGAGGCAGAGAAACAGGAAAAGAACACCCUUCCCGCAGAGAAGAAAGAUGAUCAGAAGGCUGUUGAUGCACCUUUGCUAAAGGCUGUUGAGUCAGUCCCAGAUCUGAAAGCCUAUCUGGGUGCAAGGUUCUCACUCAAGGCCGGCAUGAAACCUCAUGAGCUGGUCUUUUAGAAAAACCGCAUCUUGAUUCCUUAGAUCCGAUUUUGUUUUUUUUUUUAUUUGCUUUGUGUCCCUGAAAAACCUGAUGCUAGAAGUUGUAUCGAGAACACAGUUUCCUUGGUAUAAACAUUUAAAUUUUGCUGCCA